CCAGUGCAGCCUCAUACUAUCCACGAUGGCACGCUGGGCCUCUCUCUCCUGGCUCAUCCUGGGCCUUUCUUCUCCCCUUGUCUGGGCUGGUCCGGCAUUUGAAAACUCGGCCAUUGUUCGUACGGUAGACCUCGGCGGCUCCCUCGUGCACGUCACCACCACCUACGCUGUAAGGGCACUCGAAGCUGGUCAAACUGCGUACCAGUUCGCGCUCGCCAACGACGAAUGGAAAAAGACGAGCUGGACAGAAGUCAAAGUCAAGGGCCAGCAGAACACACUUCCCCUUGUUGACGUGCCCCAGGCCGCUGACAGCGACGCGCAUCUAUUUGCUGUGACACUUCCCAGGAAUCUUGCCGUCAAUGACACGAUCCAUCUCGUGCUCGACACCGUGCAGACUCAUGCGACCUACCCAUGGCCCGAGAAAGCUGGCCAGAAGGACCCGCAGCUACUCAAGUAUGACGCCCAACUCUUCAUCCUGAGCCCGUACCAAACUCAGGUCCAGCGCACCAAGGUCAAGUCCUCGUCGCCGAACAUUAUCUCGUAUACCACACCCGAGGGUGCCGAGCAGUUCGCAAAGGACGAGGUGGUCACCAAGUCCGGAACCACCCUGACCUACGGCCCAUACGCCAACAUCGACCCCUCCGUCGGCACUGGGUUUGUUCGCAAGCACCAGAAGUCUAUUAAUGUUCACUACAGCUACGACUACCCCGUCCUUGAGGUUAAGAAGCUGCAGCGUUUCGCGGAAAUCAGCCACUGGGGCUCCAACCUCAACAUCGAAGACAAGAUUGAGCUCCGUAACUCUGGGCCUGCUCUCAAGGGCCACUUCUCUCGUAUCGAACAUCAGAGUUCAGGGUUCUACCAUUCGGUCUCCCCGCAUGUCGUCAAUAGUUUGACCCUUCACUUGCCCGCCGGUAUUCACGACGCGUACUACUACGACCUCAACGGCAAUGUCUCGACUUCGCGUCUCCGCACUGUUCCCUCGGUUGCAAAGAACUCCAAGGCCAACCAGUACAGCAUCUUCGAGAUGCGUCCUCGCUAUCCUGUUCUUGGCGGUUGGAACUACACUUUCACUCUCGGCUGGGACUCGCCUCUGGCGGACUCUGUGAGCUAUGACUCGAAGGAGGAGAAGUACAUCGUUGGCGUCCCCGUGUGGACUCUCAUCCCCGGUGCUGUUGUUAACGACGCAGAGGUCAAGAUCGUUUUGCCUGAAGGAGCAACGGACGUGCAAUUCAUCUCGCCCUUCCCAUCGCUCUCGGAGGAAAUCUCGACUCAUGUCACUUACCUUGAUACCACGGGCCGACCAGCCGUCUCCCUGGACUACAAGGACCUCACUGACAAACACACCGGGAUGAUCUAUGUCUCGUACAAAGUGCCCCUGUCCGCGCACCUCAAAAAGCCAGUGGCGGUUGCAGCAGCAUUCUUCAGUCUGUUCUUCUUUGCCCUCACCGCUAGACGAGUAGACUUGCGCCUCCACAAGGAGUGAUAGUGUACAUUUAAUGCUGAUAGAAUGCAUUAAUUUACA